UUGUUGAGCGACUUGCCCUUAACCUUGCGUGGAAGAAUAACAACGUUUUCUUUCUUGCGUUGAUUUUUAUUAAUUAAGCUAUUACAAGACCUGCACCAUGUCUCUUGCAGCAGAGGCGUUCGUGUCUCAGAUGGCAGCUACCGAGCCUUGGCCUGAACAUGCCACCCUGUACCAACCGCUGAAAGAGGAUCAGAUUCUCCUCUCUGAUUGUGCCUCAUCUCUGGCAGUACAGGCCUAUUUAAGGAUGUGUGGUCUACCAGUGAAGAUUGCUUGCAGAGCUAAUGCAGAAUACAUGUCACCCUCUGGUAAAGUUCCGUUUGUCCAUGUAGGGAACCAGGUAGUAUCUGAACUAGGACCCAUAGUUCAGUUCACUAAAGCUAAGGGUAAUUCUCUGAGUGAUGGGUUAGAUGACAUUCAGAGAGCUGAAAUGAAAGCUUACAUGGAAUUGGUGAACAACAUGCUGCUCACUGCUGAGUUGUACAUUCAGUGGUGUGACGAUGCUACAGCUGCUGAGAUAUCUCGUCCCAGAUACAGCAGUCCCUAUUCGUGGCCGCUGAACCAUAUACUAGCCUAUCAGAAGCAGUGGGAGGUUCGCAAGAAGAUGAAUGCCAUUGGCUGGGGGAACAAAAGCCUGGAACAGGUCUACGAGGAUGUGAGUCAGUGCUGCCAGGCCCUCUCCCAGAGAUUGGGGACACAACCAUACUUCUUCAGCAAACAGCCCACAGAGUUGGAUGCGUUGGUGUUCGGUCACCUCUUCACUAUACUUACCACUAGACUGACUAGCACUGAGUUAGCAGAGAGGAUCAAAAACUAUAGCAACUUGCUGUCCUUCUGCAGACGCAUUGAACAGACCUACUUUGAAGACAAGGGCUCCUGAAGGACGUAGAAUCUACUCCUCUCUUUCUCUACCUCUGUCCUCUGAGUCCCUCUCUCUUUCUCCCCCCUCCCUCUCUCUCUCUCUCUCUCUGUCUCUCUCUGUCUAUCCCUGCUGUUCUAUCAUUUUACAUUCUAUUUCUCCUUCUCUCAUUCCCUCACACUGGCACUAGAAAGCCAAAAAAAACCCUGAAUGCUUAAAUCCAUACUCUCAUUCUCAUUUCCUCCACCCAUUUUGCCUGUAUAUUGUUGCCAUGCUGCUUAGAGACUGUAGGAGUCUGGAGGAGGCAGUUUGACCAGGGCUGAAAUUGUGUGACGCACAUCUCUGGAGAAACGUGGCGCCCUGAGGUUGAACCCUGUCAGGUCAGAGGCGUUGUCUCAGUGCUACCCCCAUCCCUGCCAGCUGAACGUGUAAAAUGUAUUACGUGGCAUGGAGUUCUCUACUGUCAUCAUGAACAAGACAGUGAUUCUGCUCCUUCCAAAGUAAGCACAGUCACAUUAACUUAGCUCAUCCAAGGAAUCAUGGGUCUUACAUAAUAUCCUCCAGUGAAUAUAUGAAGUCUCACAGUUUUCUCUGAAGUAAUAUAAAUAUGAGUGAAUUACAAAAAAAUAUAAAACAAUAAAAGUCCACAGGUUAAAUGUGUCUGCUCUACAUAGUGACAUGUGUAUAGAACAACAUGGGUAAGUAGAUCCUUGGUUACCAUACUAGUUGUCAAAAACACCAAGAAAGCAUGGCCAGCCCCCCUUCAUGUGAAGUCUCAGUGCAUUGUAAGUGAAUGAGAUGACUUGUUUGAUUCUUCCUGUUGUAUAAUAGGUAACAAGGCCUUCAGUAGCAUUAACAUAAUUGGACAGCCCGUAUACUGAAGAUCUGGUAAUAUGAGGGACAUUUUAAAGUUGACACACUGAGCAAAAGGCAGGAGUGUGCUAUCAGCCUGAGCUGUUUGAAAAUUUGGACCAGUUUCCGAAUCCCUGUUCGGUCAUUGGGAGUGUCAGCCUCUCAGGUACCUUGGAGCUCAAAAGGAAGCUUCAUAGGAGUUACUGUACCGGAGCAUUUGAGAGUUUACAGUGGCAGCAAAUGUCGGGCCAACAGCCAUCUUAUCAAACUAGGUGCCCUCACCGCAAGUAUGAAAUAAAUCUGUCAAACUACAGCUUUCUGCAGCCUUAAUAUAUACAUGCUUGUGCAAGGGAUUAUGGUUUUACUGGCAGUCUGUCGUCUUGCCUCGGUCAUAACCUAUCAUCCAAGCCUGCCAUGAAUCUCCUUGAUAGUUUGUGCUCUGUUCCACGGGAACCAGAGUGCUUUCUUUAAGUACCUCUGAAUGAAAUUACAAACGCACCCCACAAAAUCACUCUCUGCAUGGGAAAGGCCACAGGGAUGGAUUGUAGAGCUAAAAUGGCCACCAGUGAGAAGUGCCAGGGCUCUGCUGGGAUAGGGUUCAACAUCACAGGCCAUGUGGUUUUGCACCGUGUCACCAUAAAGACCAAUAGGAAUUGUUGAGGUAGUGUUUCUGGUUGCUUCCUGAAACCUUAGAGCUUGUUUUUCAUCUGUAUAGAAAACAGUACAACAGCGUAACAUUAUGAUGAUAUAAUCACCUCAUCCAUUGUUUUUCCAUUGUUGUUUUCUUGGUGUGAAUGGAAAGUGCCUGCUCAAUAAAAGUUGGGGAAACUAA